AUGGAGUCUCUGCCUGAUGAAUUACUCUUACUGGUUUUUCGUUAUUUACACAGAUUUGAUCUACUAUAUGCAUUUAAAGAUCUAAAUCGACGUUUUCAACAAAUAGUUGAACCGUAUCUUUCUAACGUGAACCUCACACAAGCAGAUCUCUUCUACAAACAUUUUCGUUUAUUUGCCAAACACAUUCUUCCGUUCCAAAGCAAUAGCAUACGAUCUCUUACAGUGAGUGGAUUACAACUGUUUGACUUAGUACAUUUACAACUCCAUCAUUUAUCUUGCCUCGAAUCACUUACGCUGAAACGACCUUUAACUGAUACAAUUUUAUCUGAUAAAUUAGAUAAAUGUCUCAUUCAAGUUUUACAAAUAUCAACCCUCAAAUAUCUAUCAAUUGAUGUAAAUGGAAGCUUAAUCCUAGAGUCAAUAUCGCAGUACGCAACACCUAAUCUACAGACACUGAAAGUGCUUCAUUCAUAUAGCUUUGAUUACUUCACAAGUGUAACACAACAAACACCGUAUCUCAAACGUCUGUCCAUUAAUUUAAUGUCUACUAUUGAUUUGGUAAAAUUAUUCCAAGUUGCAGUAAACCUCGACGAAUUGAAAUUGUCAUUCUAUACUUUUGUUGAUUUGGAAGUGAUAGAAGUACCAGACACAUUGAAAAAGCUACAUUUAGAAAUCGAUUGUCGUCAGCUGAAAUCAAAAAAUAACAAAAACAACUUAAAUCAAUCAAACUUCGAUAUGUUAAGCAAACUUCUGAACAACUUCAAAAAUAAUCUGAAAUAUUUAGGUCUAAUUAUUCUCAAUGCAGAGAAAGACUUUUCGGACUUCGAUAAGCUGCACAGUUUAGUAAACAACGUUGACCAGUUAGAAACUUUCGAAUACGAUAUUCGUACGAAAUAUAGGCCGGAUCAACGGUUUCCAAAUGCUGAAAUAUUAAUAUCAGCUCACUCAACCUACUCUGCUUACACUAAUCCACGACCGCAACCUUUCGAUACGUCAUUGUGGCGAUUAGGAUUUAAAAGAACAGAACUCAAGUCAGACCUUCCUCGAUCGGAGUUACUUGCUGUUACUUCACUAUAUGUUCCUGAAAGUUCCUUUUUGUAUGUCAAUCCACCUAGUUCAUUUCAACUGAGCGACGAUCUUAAACUCCUACAUUUGAACACAAUUCACAUUUGCAAAUCGACGGUAGAUUCCAGCCCUGAGAUACGUUCAUUUCUUUCUAAAGUGAUCGCACUUGCACCUAAUCUACAUAGCUUAGUUCUUGAAGACGAUGGUACAGAGGAUGCUCUAUUACUUCUGAAACAGUUUCUUACUUCUGCAAGUAUUUCCAGAAAAAUAAAUGAUGUCCAGCUGAUUAAGGAUGAUUUCUUUAAUGAUCAGGAUCCGACAUUCUUUUCUAAUCUAGCACAUAUCACACCGAAUCUGAAAUCACUCACACUUAGGCUACAUAGUGAAUUUAGUGUUGGAAAUUCAGAUAAAUUACAGAAACUUGUUAGAAGAAUAAGAGCUGAUUUCCCCAGACUAAAUAAUCUUACACUAAAACUAGCUGAUGAUGGUGCUGUUGAUGAACAUGUGCCAGAUUUCGGGCUUGAAAGUUAUAAGAAAAGUUUAAAUGAACUUCGACAUCAGACAGGACAAUUGAUAUACUGGAGUACUGAUUUCAGCAUGAGGGGAGUGUUUAUUAUUAUUUGGAUGUGA